AGCCCAUCAGCCUGGAGAAUGAAGAUCUCUGCAGUGCUAACAGCUCUCCUGACUAACCUUCUCUUUGGAAAUGUGUGCUCAGCUAUCAACGUCACAGUCACUCCAUCUCCGUUCACUGUGGUGGCUGAGGGGGAAAACAUCACCUUGUCCUGUCAGGUGACCCAGCGGCGGCGCUCAGCGAGUCUGCCUGUGGUGCGCUGGAUGUUUCAGCCGGAAUCGGGAGGAGAGGAGCUGCUGGUGGCGCGGGUGAACAUGCGGAGAGCCAAGUUCUACGGAAACUACACCAAGAGCUUCAGCAAGCACAAAAUGAAACUGACAGUGGUUAAACAGGGCAAGAUAUACAACCUCCUCAUCAUGAACAUCAGCGAACAGGACAGGGGUCUUUACAGCUGUAGGGUCCAAGAGUUCAAGAAGCAUCAGGAACGAUGGAAAGCUUCCACCAACAGCUCGGCCUCCACGCAGCUACGAGUCCAUGUUCUCCCAGCCGGCAAACCAAAGGAGGAACUGUGGAGUCUGUUGGAAGAUGUGUAUCUAUGUGCUGUGCUGGUGUGUUGUGUUGGGCUCUUGUGCAUGUGCAUGUUCACUAUAGCUGUGAGCUGUCAGUAUCUGCAGAGGAAGAGACGAUUAAAAGAAAACUAUCAUUUGGUCAAGAGUCCACAGAACAGUUCAGGCGAGACGGUCACUAGUGUUGUCAGUCUCUCUCCAGCUCUUCCCAAGAAGAUGAGAAAGUAUAAGAAAAAUAAAAGUGUGGAGCAGCCAGACGUGCCACCAGAGAUACCGGCUAAAGCCCCUAUUGCAGACAAAAUGCGAAAGCCGAAGCUUUUAAAACCUCAACCCAGAAAAGUGGUUUUGCCUAAAAUUGCAGAAGAGAGUCUGAUGUACGCUGAGCUCGAACUGAUGAAGCCGCUGCCUGAAGCUAAAGCUGCAAAGACAGGAACGGUGUACGCUCAGAUACUCUUUGAGGACAAGCCUGUGUAGCAUUGCAGUUUCUUAAAGAAAACUUUAUUUAUAAUAACACAACAUUGAUUUUAUGUGUCACCAUUUUUCUGAUGUUUUAUACAUGCAACCUUAAAGUGAAUUGCACAUAUUGUAUAUAUAAAUAUAUUCUUUACUUUCUAAGUUGUUCUAUCUGUGACAAAAAAAAAAAAGUUACAUAUUUAGCAAAACCAAAUUACUGUCAUCCGAAAACUGCAAU